AUGUCUUCUGAACUUUCACCUGUUACUCAUCCCCUGCUUUUCAACGGUUAUUCACAUGAGACUGGGUGAGUGAAUACUAACUCUACUUCUAUAGCUAUGCAAGGACCUCGGGUUCUGGAUCCUAUCGCCAAUAAUAAUGGCGGAAUCAAUCCAAUCUUCGACAUGAUCUUCCCGAACGGCCCCCAUCACCAUCCAGAACGACUGCCGCCACCGGAUUGGGCUUUACCUCAACAUGAUCGGUUUCCUGGGCCGUGGCAACAAGAUAUGCCUCUACCAGCGGAUCGAGAGAUUGACCUCUUCCAAUUCCAUCGACAUCGAGCUGCUCCACCCCUUGGUCGGCCUCCUUUCAUCGCACCUCUUCAAGGACCUAAUCCACGCCCCGCUCAACUCGGUUUCGUUGAAGACCCUUUUGGACAACCUGAUCAACCUCUUUUCUUACCUGCAGGGGGUCAAGCAUAUGUUCAGCAAGUCCCACAACCUGGAUUGGGUCAAGCCUAUAUUCAGCAACCUGCUCCACCUCCCGUUCAUCAGGAGUUCAUGGUCCACCCAGUACCUCAUUUCAACGCGCCAGUUCAACCUAUUCAGCAGCAACCUCAAGUCGCACAACCGCCUCGCCGUAUAGGACUCUUUGGAAAUAUCCCUAAUAUCGUAUCUCGACCACGUCACGCUAAUGGGCAUGUAAGAGAACAGCCACAGAAACGAGCUGUCAUCAACUAUCAGCCUGUACCAGCACCAGCACCAGUCCCAGCUCAUCUUCCCAGAGGUAACGGCGCACAUGUUUUCAACCGUAAGAAAGCCUCAGUUCAUUUUUCAAAUCAAAACCAAAAUCACAACCAAAACCAAAACCAAAAUCACAGCCAAAAUCAAAAUCUCAACCAACACUUCCCCGUCCAGGCCCCCCUCCCACCCGAACACCACCAACAAGCCCUCAUCCAAUCCAUCGAGCGCCGCUACGACGACCUCACCGCCCUGCACCCACCACCCCGCUCCCACGCGGAGAUCCUCCAGCUCCGUGCCGAUCGUGAAGAUUUCUCGGGGAAGAUGAGUGAUUAUAUGUUGUUGUAUCCUGUGGGAAAUCGGGUUUAUGAUGUCGCUGCGGAGGCGGUUAGGGGGUUGGAGGUUUGGGUGGAGAUGGAGGGGAUGGGUGGGUAUGGGGAUGUUAAGGAGCAGGAGGGGGAUGUGGAUGUUGAGAUGGGAGAGAUGAAUGAGGUGGAUGAGGAGGGGGGAAUCGAUGGGAUGGCGGGUGGAUAUGAGGAAAAUGGGGAUGAAGAGGAGUGGAAUAGAGAAGUUGAAGAGGCGGCGAUGGAGAAGUGGGUUGGGGGAAUUAAAGAGAUAGUAGAGGAAUGGGUAGAGGAUGAGGAUGAGUGA